CCACCUGCGAAGCCCACCCAAACAGCGACAAGCACAGAACUCCCGCCUCCACCUGCGAAGCCCACCCAAACAGCGACGAUUACCGAACUCCCACCACCACCUCCUGCGAACCCCAUCCCAGACGACCGUCCCCUCCCUCCCCUCCCCUCAAAGCCCUCCCUCCCCUCCCUCAUCACCCAUCCCCAACAACCACACCGCGCCCCCUCCGCCUCCUCCCUCUCCACCCUCGCAUCCAGCCUAUGGGUCGAGCGGGCCAGCCUCGCCGCCUCCGACCACCCACCACCAGACUCACCUCCACGAAGAACACACAGCCUGACAACGAAAAAGAGCAACAUAAAUCUAAAGAUGGAUACACUGCGACGGGGCUCAUCGCUGAAACUUGCGAGGAAGGCAUCUAUGGCGUCGAUGGGCGUGGGGAACGGAGGGGACGCGGAUUCGGCCGUGGAGUGUGGGAGUCCGCCCAGGGAUCGCGUCGUGCCCGUAGCCGUGGCGUGAGAGGAGAAGGCGUCGCAGCUGGCAUUUGCAGUGACCGUUUGGUAACCCCCCCCCCACCCCAACAACCCCAACGCAGAUUCACCGAGAUCUCCCGGGAACCCGCGUCCAUCCUCCUCCCCUUCCGCCCCCCCCCCGCUCUUUUUUUGGUGUCCACUUGUUUACAGCCCUCACACAAUCUAGCGAAAACAAAAAACGAUCGUCAUACUAGAACCCUCCUCUAUACCCCCCCACCCCAUAACAUAAUCCCCAACGGUCGUGACAUAACCCUUAGACAGUCACGUUUCUAUGCGCAAUACAAUAAUCUAUCAUUUCAGCGGAGGGCGUAUGUAUGUAUGUAUGGUGGUCGUUCGGGUCGGGGUGGAUCCGGCGAGUGAAGACCCCUUCACUCCCAACACCCCCCAGGAGCAAUCGCCCGCAGAAAACAGACUUCCAUGGCUCAUAGAUCGUCUCACUGCCCCCAAACCCAAAACCCGGGGCACCCCACCCGCGGGGUCUGGAAUCCCCUGCGUACUCUAUCCCCCCUCGCGCUUCCGCUCACAGUCCGCACAGAAAAGCUGCCCAAAGUGAAACGUGGGCAUAAAAACCCGCGUGGGGGGCGUGGGAAUGGGAACAGGGUCUUUAUUGUAGGAGAUUGUGCGGGGGGGGGGGGGGGGUAUAACGGUGUUUGGUUAUGUGUGGGUAUUUAUUCCGUCAAACUUCGUAGCAUGUCUACCGUCUCAUCUUGUGCGUGUUUUUACAUAUAUCUGGUUU